AUGUCACUGACGAGACUAUGCUGCAAGUGCAGCUUGCACUGGUACGUUCAGAUCACAGUAUUUUUUACCGUACUAAAGACUGGGCAGGACACGUUCGAGUUUGAAGACAUCCCCGAACAGGACACAGGUGCUAGUAAUCCACUAGAUGAGUUCGACCCCAACGAAUUUGAAGAAGAGCUGUCGCCGCUGGGUGAGCUACACCAGGGAGACAACGAGGAAGCAACCAACGAGGAGACUACAGGCCCAGGGGGAGCUGGGGAGACAAACGAUCAGGGGGAGUCGGGCAAUUCGGAUGAAAGACCACUCUCACCAGCGGUUGAAGAGCCUCCACCACCAGAGUCUACCACAAACUCCCGGACUCACGCAACAGCCAGCUAUACCCGCCAAGAGGUGGAUGCUAUCCACCAAGCCACCGUUGUUGAGGAUGUCAGACUAGCCCAACAAUAUAUCCACCUGCUCAAAAAUGCGUGUAUUGAUGAUGCUCAUCACCACCCCCUUUCUGCAACGGCUCGCGACAGACUUAGAAACCCACCUACCAGUCGCGUCAACCUCAAAGAAGAACAGGCUCUUCGCAUAUCACUUAGCUUUAUUCUGGGAAAUCCCACAGAUGCGCAGUAUGCGCGAGAGUGCCGGACGAUUGAGAAAGAGAUUGAAGGGCUCAAGUGCCUGAGCAAGGCCCAGGUAGAAGAUGAGCUGGCGAAGUUGACCGGAGUGGAGGCAAUGAGGUCGGAUAUGUGCCCUGGGACGUGCGUUGCUUUUACAGGCCCCCUUGAUGAGCUCGAAAAGUGCCCGAAGUGCGGAGAAGAAAGGUAUGAGCCACGUAAAUCUGUUAAAGACGCUCUAGUACCACGCCGCACCUUCAUCACAAUGCCGCUUGCAUUUCAGAUACAGGCUCUCUGGCGACAUGUUGACAGUGCCACUCGCAUGCGCUGGCGGGACACAAUAACUGAGCACAUCCGAAACCAGCUCAGGGACGGUGACAAGAGCGUUCUCGAUCAGUUUGAUGAUAUCACAAAAGGACACGACUAUCUUCGUGCAUUUGACGAGGGCAAGAUCCAAUCUGGCGAUACAGUCCUCAUGUUUUCAAUUGACGGAGCACAGCUCUACGCGUGCAAGCAGUCAGACUGCUGGAUUUAUAUUUGGGUCUUAUUCGACCAGUCCCCCGACCAUCGAUACAAGAAACAAUAUGUACUCCCAGGCGCUGUCAUUCCAGGCCCCAACAAACCAAAGAACCUCGACUCUUUCCUUUUCCCCGGUCUUUUUCACCUCGCAGCUGUGCAGAACGAGGGUCUUGUCAUCUUUGACGGCCUUGAGAAUCGACUUCGGACAACGUAUCUCUACUUAUUCGUGGUUGUAGCAGACGGGCCGGGAAUGGCCUUCAUCACAGGGCUUGUGGGCCAUCAUGGUAAAUAUGGAUGUCGCCUUUAUUGCGGUUUUCCGGGUCGACAUCCACCGCAAAAACCUCACUAUUACCCCGCUUUGAAGAAGCCCCGAGGAUACGAUGUCGAUGGGUGCAUGCACCCCAGUAUUCACGCAGAGGACCUUCCACGUGCUGGCUCGGGCAACUACCACGACAAUCUUGAACACGUAGCUGGCGCUUCUGACUUGACUUCAUACAGGAAUCUUCGACUCGAGACCGGCAUCGUAAAGCCCACUAUAUUCCUAGGACUCCCGCGUACACUUCCCAUCCCCAAACUCUUUGGGUCCGACAUCAUGCAUAUCGCUGCACUGAAUGUAGGCGAUCUCUUUAUUCCCUUAUGGCGCGGCAAGUUCACCCACCAUCGAACCGAUGAUCCGGACCAGUGGAAGUGGGCUGUGUUUGCAGAUAAGGAACUUUGGGACCAACAUGGUGACAUUGUUCGUCUUUUGGCAACUUUUCUGCCAGGGUCAUUUGACCGGCCACCUCGCGAUAUUGCCAAAAAACUCAAUAGUGGAUACAAGGCCUGGGAAUGGCUGUUGUAUCUCUAUGGCCUUGGACCGGCUCUUUACUUUGGUAUUUUACCCGAUCCAUACUACACCAAUUUCUGCCGCCUUGUACGCGGGAUCCGCUUACUUUCACAACAUUCUAUCAGCGCCGAACAAGUCCAAGAGGCAAGAACUCAGCUCAAUAGCUUUGCUGACGAGUUUGAGAAGAUAUAUGUUGAACGAUUACCUGAGCGACUGCAUUUCGUGCGGCCCUGGCUACACGCUGUCACCCACUUAGCCCGCGAGGUGGUACGCAAGGGACCUCCCUUGUGCGCCUCCCAGUGGACGAUGGAACGGACGAUCGGGGAUCUUGGUCGCGAAAUCCGAUCACACACUCACCCAUAUGCCAACCUCGCCAAUCGCGCUGUUCACCGUGCACGUGUGAACGCCAUCAAGGUGCUCUAUCCUGAGCUGGAUGCCGACAACGAGGACAGCCAAUCAAAUGACAAGUUACCUGCUGCAUCGCGUGAUGUUGGUGAUGGGUACAUCAUCUUAGCUCGCGUUGAGCGGUACCUGCGUCCGGUUGUACCACUGGAAACGCGCGCAAUUUCGUCUGCUCUCCGAGAGCAUGGCUUUAUUGUCCAGGGCAUACCCUCACUACAACGCCGUGCUCGUCUACGUCUACCAAACGGUCAAAUUGCUAGGUCUGCGUGGAAGGAAGCCACAAUGACCAAGGGUGUCCGACAAUCUCGGAACGUGAAGAUAAUGAUGCCACAUAGUACAGAGCCUUCGUACGCGGAGGUUCGCUACUAUUUCAUUGCAAAAAUCAACGAUGUCACCAUGGGCUUUGCCAUGGUAUCCUUAUACGGCCGUCCUGACGUUCAGCUUCGUGACAAGUCCCUCAACAACAUACAUGCAUGCCGAUACCACGGAGACACUGCCCUCCGUGUCAUCAAUGUCAAGACUAUUCAAUCUGUUGUCGCAAUGGUGCCUCAUAAAUUCCCCAAUCACAACGAGAUCCUCCACUUUGCGAUGGAGAAGCCUGGACUCGAUGUAGCCGUCUUUGGUGCCUUGGAGGACUUGAUCUCAUCGCAGUCUCUGCACACUGAUUCGAACUAG